AUGGGAUCGCCAGAGCUGCUGGUCUGGGCGUGGCUGCCGCUGUCAAUUACCUCCUCCGGAGAGUUCGAUCCUCAUGCCGUCACUGCGAUGGAUAAGCAGACUCCACCAAAGCCAGGAGAUGACUUCAACGUAGUCAUAGUAGGAGCCGGAAACAUUAACUUCGGAUCGGACGAGGGACCUUGGAACCACAGUUUCCGUCUCGAACACAAGCUCGGCCCUCGUCUUAAAGUUGUGGCUCUGAUCGACCCCUCAGCAGCACGAGCCGACGCAGCACUACAGAUCAAGCGCGACUCGUUCGUGCUGAGUGCAUACAAGGAUACGAUCGUGUACCCCACGAUGAAGGACUUUAUCGACAAGCACAAGCCAGAGCACGCCCCUCGCGCCAUUUGGGUCGGCUCACCACCCGCUUUCCGUGGACGCGAGGAGCAGGGACGCGACGUCGAGAAGCAGAUCAUCGACGCAUUCCCUAAUGUAGGAAUCUUCAUCGAGAAGCCUGUCUCGACUGGACCAGUGGACCAAGCGCUCAAUGUUGCCAAGCGCUUGGUAGACGCUGGCAAUAUUGUCAGUGUCGGCUACAUGCUUCGAUACCUCAAGGUAGUGCAAAAGAUGAAAGCGAUCAUCGAGGAGAAUAACCUCAAGGUGAUGGCCACCAACGCGCGCUACGUCAUGGCUUACGAGCAUACUGCCAACUUCCACUGGUGGGACAAGGCUCAGUCGUGCGGUCCCAUUGUGGAACAAGCGACGCACUUCUGUGACCUGUCGCGAUACUUUGGAGGAGAGGUGGAUCUGAGCACCGUCAUGGCGCAUUCGCUGGAGCACUUUGAGCCUGCUGGCCAGCUUGCCAAGGUCCCAAUCGCCGAGGACAAAAUUACGCCCGACCAGCGCAUUCCUCGUAUCACAUGUGCUUCUUGGAAGUACGAAUCUGGCGCUGUCGGCUCUUUGACCCACGCCGUCGCCUUGCACGGUUUCAACUACGCGACAGAAUUGGACGUCAUCUGCGACGGAUACAGCUUGAGACUCGUGGACCCAUACAAUGCCCCUGUCUUGUACCUGCGCCGACCUGGAGAUGAUCACGAAGAGGUCAUCAGGUACCAGAACGAUGACCCAUUCUUUUCCGAGGUCGCAAACUUGAUCGACAACAUCGAAAAGGGCCCAGGCUCUGCGCCUAUCCUCUCUUCUUACGAAGACGCCGCCAUGACGUAUGCGCUCACUUGGGCCAUCCGUGAGGCUUCUGAGCGAAACAUCAAGAAGCCCGCUGCAUAAGAAGAUGGAAACAAAUCCCUAGAGCCCGUGAGGCGGCGUUGUAGCUUCAAACGGCCACAGCCUCGACGUGGACCGAACACGGUCGAAUGCAUGCACGGUAACCACCCACAUUGCAAUCAUCAACGCUCAGCAGCG